UGUCAAAACUUCAAAGCAAACGGCUUCGCAGAAGCAAACGGUUGUAUUUUGUAGCUCCUAUCGUUGAACCAGUUCGUGGCAAUCGUUUGCUAAAGUUUUUCGGCGAUUGAACAGAAACCUGCUGAAGAUGUUGGAUCCUGUACUGCAGCGGCACCUGAAGGGUCACCGCGGAAAGCUGACCGGGCUUUCGUUCAAUCCGGAAGGGACGCGUUUCGUGACGAGCUCCGUAGACCAUUCGGCGAUCGUGUGGACCAACAACGAGCAGGUACGCUGCAUGCGAUUCGAGGCACACACGGACGUUGUGAACGAUGUUUGCUGGUCGCCGGAUGGAAGAAUCAUAGCGACCGUGUCCAAGGAUCGCUCCGUAAAGAUAUGGGUUCCAUCGAUGCUGGGCAAUUGUGAUGAGUUUCGGGGCCACACCUCGAACGUACGGUCGGUAGAUUUUGAUCCCACCGGUAAGAAGCUUCUGACCGCUUCGGACGACAAAACGAUAAAGCUGUGGAAAGUGUCCCGCAAGCAGUUCCUGUCGUCCUUCACGGGACACACGAAUUGGGUGAGGUGUGCUCGCUUUUCGCCGAACGGUAAAAUGAUCGCUUCCUGUGGUGAUGAUCGUUCGCUGAAGUUGUUUGAUCCUGCCACUGGCCAGUGUAUUCAUACCUUCCACGAUCAGAAAGGAGGUGGAUGUAAGGUGGCCUGGCAUCCGGACAGCACGCUCGUAGCUAUCGCGUUGGACAACUGCCGGGUGAAGAUCUUCGAUGUGAACAUAAGGAAAUUGAUUCAGUACUAUCGGAUCUAUGAUGGUGCCGUUAACUCGCUUGACUUCCAUCCGUCCGGAAAUUACCUCAUAACGGGAAGCGACGAUGGAGUGACGAAAAUCAUCGAUCUCUUGGAAGGACGACAAAUAUUUACCCUCACCGGCCACCGUGGUCCAGUCACGACGGUAAAGUUUUCGAAAGAUGGACAAAUGUUUGCGACCGGAAGCGAUGAUUGCCAUGUCAUGUUGUGGAAGGCAAACUUGGAUUCUCAAGAUUCGGCACAAAGCUCACUCUACUCACCGGACAGUACCUGCGAGAUAACGAAUGCAACCGGUGGACAGCGCAAAUUCAGCUUCAAUCGCGACGUUACAGAGGCACAUGCCGACGAUGAUUCGGCCUAUAGUUGCAACAAAGAGAAUCUGCCGGAUACGAGCAUCUUUGUCGAUGCGACAAAGACAGAAAAUUUCAAAAUAUCGGACGCCGUCGAGGAAAUCGUAAUCAAACUGAAUAAAUCCACUCCCGAAAAUGCUCGGAACGAAGCGCACGGAUUGUGUGUAAGUUUUAAAGGAAAGCACCAACAGGCACGGUCUUCUGUAGCUCCAAAUCAACCGAACGGCGCUUCGCCAAGCAAUCGAACAGACUUUGAAGAACAUGUCGUCGUGUGUCUGAACAGCAUCAGUCGAAGGAUGGACAGUUUUCACCGCAGAAUUUCGUUGCUUGAAGAUAUUCUGCUCGAAAAAUCAUAAGCAAAGGCGGGGCUUGAGUAGUUUAAUACGUUUAUUUUUACGGUCUUUUAUCGUCCAUCAUUGUUCGCUUAUUUUGCUAUACGUUUUAUAAUAUACCAUCUGAGUACAGUAAAUGAAAAACAGAAAAAGAAAA